CAACUCCUAGAAAUCGCACAAGACCUUGACGUGAGGGGAUGUCCCUUCUGGAAUUAGAGUUCCCUUCUCGAUAAGAUAUUGGAGGUCUCAUUGCAGGGAAUUCUAGAGCGAAAACAAUAGGAGGAUGAGGGCUUGUGAGACUUUUUCCCAUCAAGAAAAAUACCCAUAAACUAGCCCUGUUGACAGUGCAGAGCAGUGCUUCUAUCUAGGGUCAAGGCCAGAGCAAUGUACACCUUAUUCCACUCAGCCUCUUCCUCUGAUAAAGUACAGAAAACUCUUCAGAAGAGCAUAGAGGCCUUAAAAAAAAAAAAAAAAAAAAAGAAUUGCUUGAAAAAGAAGUGAACAAAGGAAAACUGGCAUUAAGAAGAUUGUUCCAGUCUGCUUCUGUUGGCUGUGCAGAAGGAUGUCUCAGUCCCUGCUUCUCACCUGCCUCCUCUCCAUGCUCACACCUUCAUCGCCAAUGGCCCUGGAUCCUUGCUCUGCAUAUAUAAGUCUGAAUGAGCCCUGGAGGAACACUGACCACCAGCUAGAUGAGUCACAAGGUUCACCUUUAUGUGACAACCAUGUGGACGGAGAGUGGUAUCGCUUCACAGGCAUGGCAGGGGAUGCCAUGCCCACCUUCUGCAUACCAGAAAACCACUGUGGAACUCAUGCACCUGUCUGGCUCAACGGCAGUCACCCUCUAGAAGGUGAUGGCAUUGUACAACGCCAGGCCUGUGCCAGCUUCAAUGGGAACUGCUGCCUCUGGAACACCACAGUGGAGGUUAAGGCUUGUCCUGGAGGCUACUACGUGUAUCGUCUGACCAAGCCCAGUGUCUGCUUUCAUGUCUACUGUGGUCAUUUCUAUGACAUCUGUGAUGAGGACUGCCACGGUGGCUGCUUGGAGACCAGUGAAUGCACCUGCUCUCCAGGAACGGUGCUGGGCCCCGACAGGCAGACGUGCCUUGAUGAAAAUGAAUGUGAGCAAAACAACGGGGGCUGCAGCGAGAUCUGUGUAAAUCUCAAGAACUCGUAUCGCUGUGAGUGUGGGCUCGGUCGUGUGCUAAGAAGUGAUGGCAAGACUUGUGAAGACAUCGAAGGAUGCCAUAAUAACAAUGGCGGCUGCAGCCAUUCUUGCAUCGUGUUGGAGAAGAGCUACCGGUGUGAAUGUCCUCGGGGCUUGGUGUUGGCCGAGGAUAAUCACACUUGCCAAGUCCCCGUGUUAUGCAAGUCGAACACCAUUGAAGUGAACAUCCCCAGGGACCUGGUCGGCGGUCUGGAGCUCUUCCUGACCAACACCUCCUGCCGUGGAGUGUCCAACGGCACCCACGUCAACAUCCUCUUCUCACUCAAGACGUGCGGCACUGUGGUCGAUGUGGUGAAUGACAAGAUUGUAGCGAGUAACCUCGUGACGGGUCUACCCAAGCAGACCCCGGGGAGCAGCGGCGACAUCAUUAUCCGAACCAGCAAACUGCUGAUCCCCGUGACCUGCGAGUUCCCUCGCCUGUAUACCAUUUCUGAAGGCUAUGUGCCCAACCUUCGUAAUGCCCCCCUGGAAAUCCUGAGCCGCAGUCACGGAACCUUCCCCUUCACGCUAGAGAUCUUCAAGGACCACGAGUUUGAAGAACCUUACCGGGAGGCUCUGCCCACGCUCAAGCUUCGGGACUCUCUCUACUUUGGCAUUGAGCCCCUAGUGCACGUGAAUGGCUUAGAAAGCCUGGUGGAGAGCUGCUUUGCCACUCCUACUUCCAAGAUUGAUGAGAUCAUGAAGUAUUACCUUAUCCAGGAUGGCUGUGUUUCAGAUGACUCAGUAAAGCAGUACACAUCGAGGGAUCACCUAGCAAAGCAUUUUCAAGUUCCUGUCUUCAAGUUUGUAGGAAAAGACCACAAGGAAGUGUUUCUGCACUGUCGGGUCCUGGUCUGUGGGAUGCUGGAUGAGCGGUCCCGCUGUGCCCAGGGCUGCCACAGGAGAAUGCGCAGGGAGGUGUCACGAGGAGAGGACACUGCGGGCUCACAGAGCCAGAUGCUAACGGGAGGCCCCAUCAGCAUCGACUGGGAUGACUAGGGCAACUCAACACUUGGAUCCUGGCUGGAGUCUGCCCACUCCUUUGGAACUUUUCCCCUUGUCACCAGAGAACAUCAGCUGUCACCCUACAGUGUAGACCUCUAAAUCUCACAGGCUGUGCUUAGAGAAACGCUCAUUCACCCACUGCGCUAGGAAAGAUCACCUCACCGCAGAUUGGCUCCACCUGGGUGAGGCUUCAUCCACUAACAAAAAAACCACUAUCUCUGCACCCUCAUUUCUUUCUGAAGCACCAAAACACAUACAGUAAGUCCUCUUAAAUCAGAAGUUGAGGGAGUUGGCGGUAGCGCAGCGGGUUAAGCGCACGUGGUGCAAAGCACAAGCACCGGCAUAAGGAUCCCGGUUCGAGCCCCCGGCUCCCCACCUGGAGGAGGGUUGCUUCACAGGCGGUGAAGCAGGUCUUCAGGUGUCUUUCUCUCCCCCUCUCCAUCUUCCCCUCCACUCUCCAUUUCUCUCUGUCCUAUCCAACAAUGACAACAUCAAUAACAACAACGAUAAUAACUACAACAAUAAAGAUACAAAGGCAACAAAAGAGAAAAUAAAUAAAUGUAAAAAAAAACUUAAAAAAUCAGAAGUUGAGCUUAAUAUUUCAAAUUAGAAUUUAAACAAUUAGAUAGUGCUUAGAAUUACAAUUUAAAUAGCCAGUGACUCCUUAAAGCUGUUAAAUAAUAAUUAUACUCUGAAUUUUCAACUUAAACAGAGAAUAGUGAUGGGGGGACUUUGUAGUUACUUUGUACAGUGUUUUUCUUUGAUGUUUUUAUUCUGCCUUAAGUGACAUAUUUUCAGCUAGUAAAUGCUGAUGAAAUUCAGUAGCAUCUAUGUAAGUGGUUUGAUGACCUGCAGUCAAAACUAAAAUUUGAUAUCAUAUGCCCUGUUAUUUGACAUUUUAUGUUCUCAGACUGAGACAAUGGGGAAAAGUGUAAAAUGAUACCAUGUUCUGUUGCGUGGGUGCUUAACAAACUUUAUUGAAAUAAAUAUCCUAAAGCACUGAGA